AUGGCGUCAAUCCCACCGACUGAAAACCCUGCUGCAGCAGCUGCCGGGUCAGCAGCGGACCAAGCGCCCGCCCCUUCGGACGUUGCCGCCCCCGCCGGCGAUGUCGCAUCUUCACAGCAGACGAAUGGCGCCCCGGCCACCCAGCAGCAAGCAACAGCGGCGCCCGCAGUUGCACCAGCAGACGAUGCGCAGCCCUCCCUGCCGGACUCCCGACCGGUCACGCGCAAGGAUACCUCACUCAAGGACUUUCUCAACAAGAUGGACGACUACGCGCCGAUUAUCCCCGACGCAGUAACAAACUACUACAUGACCAAGGCGGGCCUGCCGCCUCCGCCGCAGACCGACCAGCGCCUCGCGCGCCUGCUGGCGCUGGCGACGCAGAAGUUCGUCGCCGACAUCGCCGCCGACGCGUACCAGUACAGCCGCAUCCGCGGCGGCAACACGAGCAGCGGGUCGAACCCCAUGGGCAGCCUGGGCGCCGCGGCGGGCGUGCCAGCGGGCGGUGCUGCGGCGGCGGGGGGCAGCAAGGAUGCGGCGGCUGGCGGCAAGGGCGGGCAGCCGCUUGGCGUGCAGAGGCCCGGGUACGGAGGCGGCGGGCAGGGCGGCGGGCAGAACAGGACGGUGCUGACGAUGGAGGACUUGGGGAUGGCGGCUGGGGAGUAUGGGGUGAACGUCAAGAGGAGCGAGUUUUAUCGGUGA